AUGUUCCUGGAGAUAAAACAAUCUACAACGACUACUAGUACAAGUGCCGAUUCAUACACUGCAGCCAAACUGUCUUCAACAACACAACAGGAUAGCAAUCUUGGACUGAACUUUGCUUUCAAAGAAGAGGUACAAAAGUUCUUCGAUUGUUAUAAUCAAUGUAUUCGCAACCUUGCCAAGACUUCAAUCAACAUUGCCUCCAUUCCAAGCGUCAUGGUGGCACCACCUGCCAUCGAAUCAAAGCCCCAACAACAUGUCAACAACAACCACCUCAACAAGCUUGCAUCCAUAUCUGUAUCAUCAUCUAAAUCAAAAGAAUCCUCAGCGACUACCUCUGCAUCCUCAUCGACAGGUGGAUCAGUUGGUGCCAACGGGAUCAACAUCCUGGCACUGCCCCUGCCACCACCUCCAACAGCACCACGCAACAACAAAGCCAGCAACAGCACGCUCACGAUCACUAGGGUGCCACAGCCACCAGCUAUCGGCAAGGGUGGCUCGAUGUACUUCACAUACAGCCCAGGCGGACAGAAGCGAACAGCCUCGCUACAGGACCUAUUCAGUGGCGAUCAGAAUGCUUCAAUGAUGACCAAGACCACGACGACAACCAUCACUCCACCUUCUCCACCCGACCGCACUGUGGUCAAGACAGCGUCUGGAAGACGCUCUAUUCGAUCGAGGGGCAAGACAGAUCUACGUCGAACACUGACGCGAAAGGAGUUCCAAAUCAUCUCCAAGCAGAAUGUUGAGGGACUGCAGAACAUUGGCGAGGCGCUCGAAGAGGAGACACUCAAUCUGAUUGAUUUGGUCAACGAGCAAGUGAUCAACUCGACCUCGGACACACUGAUCAAUCAAUCAAUUCGCAAGAUAUUCGACCAUCUCCAAGUGCUGUUCAUCCUGACCGCUGAGUCAGCAUCAUCACAUCAUGCCGCAAUGCUCAUUGCAAGAGUAAUCGAGAUCAUCGACAAGGGUCCGCCUACGAUGGAUGUGAUCGCAUCACAAGUUGGCUGGAACUGGUACAACCUGGAGGAGAUCAGUUCAUUGGGGUCUGGAUUCACCAACCUCUUAUACCUGAAGAAGAAUCUUGUUCCAACCAUUGCCUACCUCUCAACAUCGGUGCGAGUUCUCGGUCUCCAGGCCAGUCUAGAGGCCGAGUGGAUGUCGCGCAAUAGAUCACAGGACCCAGUUGGACUGGUUGUCCAGUUGGCAUGUCUCUCCAAGGAGCUGCUCACUGCCAUAUGUCGUCUACAAAUGGCAACUCACAGCUUUAGCUAUGUAUGCAACUGUCUGGUCAACAGCGAUGACCGUGUUCACACGGAGCCAGAGAUGGACCUGCUUGGGGUGCCCGUACCUAGGAACCGCAGCUCAAGCGCGCCCGACCUCAUUAACCUCUGGGACGAGAUGAAGCAGCUCAACGAAUUCCCAUCAUUCCCCAAGGAUGGAUCAAUCCUCAAAGCAUCACUCAAUCAACUUGUAAUACUAUUGACCAGCGACACACACUACGACACUCGGUACCUCAAGACAUUCAUCACCACCUACCAGUCAUUCACACAGCCAAAGGUGUUGUUCAACAAGUUGUUGGAGAGAUAUACCAUACCAUCGUGGUAUCACUGCAGCGAGCCAAGAAAGGUGAUGAUCCGACAGCGAGUCAUACUCACCAUCAAGUAUUGGAUAGUCAACCAACCAUCAGACUUUGAUCAAGAACUACUCGCUCAGAUCUCCUACUUUGUCGAACAUACAAUCAUGAAUGAUGGCUACUACGAGCUGUCCAGGGCGCUGAAGGAAGCACUCGACAAGAUGAAGGAGGACAGGGAAGUCAAGACAGCGAUACUGUUCCAGAUGCCACCAAGGAUCAACUUCACUACCGACUGUAUAUUAUCACCGAUCGAGUUGUUUUUGGACUGGAAUCCAAUGGUGAUCGCUCAGCAAUUGACAUUGAUUGACUUUGCAAUGUUCAAGGAGAUUGAGGCGCGCGAGCUACUCAAUCAGAACUUCAACAAUCCCAAGACCAAGUAUCGCUCACCCAAUGUGAUGCGUAUGAUCAACCGUGCCACACAGCUCUCCUUCUACGUGGCCAAGUUGAUCCUACUUGAGGGCAAGAAGGAGAAGCGACUAAAGGUGUUCCAGAAGAUCCUCGACGUGGCCAAAUACCUGCUCAAGUGCAACAACUUCAACACUCUGAUGAGCAUACAUGCCGGACUCAAUCUCACUCCCAUCCACCGUUUGAAGAAGACCAAGAAGAAGUUAUCAAGUUCAGCCAAUGCUAUAUUGGCCGAAUGUGAUAAGAUAUUCUCUUCAAAGAAAUCAUUCAAAUAUUAUAGAGAUAUUAUGGCUGGAAUGGUACAACCAUGUAUUCCAUAUCUUGGAAUACAUUUGACUGAUCUCACAUUCAUUGAGCAGGGCAAUCAGGAUUAUUUGCAGCCUGAACAAGGCGCUACGGCAUUGUCACCAUUGAUCAACUUUAAGAAACGUGAGUUGGUAUAUCAGGCUUGGAGUGAUUUAUCACGUUUCCAGCAGUUGCCAUAUCCAUUCACAUCAGAGGAGCCUAUCAACACAUUUUUACUGCACUUCCCUGUAUUGGAAGAGAAGGAACUAUACGAGCUAUCAUCAUUAUUAGAGCCAAACAAAUAA